AGGAUGAAUAACAAAAAACAAGCAAAGCACAGCACACAGCACACAGCACAUUGAACCUUUUCAUGUUUGAGGAAAUUCUAUUUUACCAUAUUUUGAAUGAAAGUUUUGUUAAUUUUCCGUUUAAACUUUAAAAGAUGGGAUACCAAAUUGUUAGAAGAUUAAUACCCAGUAGAAUAUCAAAUAAGUAUAACAGGAUCAAAGCCAGAUUAAGUCUUGACGAUGCAGCAGAAAGGUUAAAAGGAUCUAAAUUUGAGAAAAUUGGUAACUUUUGGAUUAACCUCCUUAGAGAUUAUGGUGAAGUGAUAAAAGACACAUCCAAUGGUAUUAAAGAGCGUCCAAAGCGAGCUUUGAUCUAUGCCUGGGGAUUCUGGGCUUGGUUAUAUUGCGUCAAUACUAAUCCUAACGAACGCAGUUUCCGAGAUCAGUGUCUGUCAGCAGCAACUGAAAUAUCUUCCUUACCAGCUGCAAUCCGCAAUGCAGAACCUUGUACCCACUUAGCCUUUUUGGAAUCCUGCCAUAACGCUGGUUUACUACGCCGUCUGAACUUAGGCGUGUGUUCAGUUAUGUGGUUAGACAACUACGAUAAAAAUGCUGGUUUGUAUGCUGCUCAUUGUAAAUACUUAAAACCAAAAUAUUUCAGUUUUCAUGAAAGAAUCCUGGAUUAUGGUAUGUUAGGUCGAUGGUGGGUCAUCAGUGGGAAAAUGAAGGACUAUGAUAUUAAUCCAGAUGAAUGGAAAGAGAAAACAUCAAACUAAGGAUAAAAAUUAUAGGCAUUGAAUGAAUGUUGUUUAAGCUUAUUAGAGAUUAAUGGCUGUCUGUCACUAAUAAAACUGUUACAGAAAA